UUAGCUGGAGCAGCAAGUUCCCGGUGUCGAUGCGGUUGGAGUCCACGUGGAGCCGCGGAGUGAGCGUAGGGGCUGAAAGGAGGCAGCAGGGGCGACAGCCCCUUUUUUUUCCAGCCGAGCAGGCUUCAGGGUCCAUUGCUUCUUCCGGUAGGUGUUUGGUCGUGCGUGCUGAGAAAUGGACACUCCCCCGGUCUCGGGUUCGGAGUCGGAUUCUGAUGAUUCCUUUGUCACAGACAGAGAGUUGCAGGAUGCGUUUUCCCGAGGGCUCCUGAAGCCAGGCCUCAAUGUCGUUCUAGAGGGGCCGAAGAAGGCCGCUAACGAUGUGACUGGCCUGAAGCAGUGUUUGGCUGAAUUCAAGCGGGAUCUGGAAUGGGUUGAAAGGCUCGAUGUGACUCUGGGUCCGGUGCCGGAAGUCAGUGGACCUCAGUCAGCUCCUCAGAACAAGGAUCAGAAAGCUGUUGACCCAGAAGAUGACUUUCAGCGGGAGAUGAGCUUCUACCGCCAGGCCCAGGCUGCAGUGCUUGCAGUGUUACCCCGCCUCCAUAAGCUUAAAGUCCCGACCAGUCGGCCUACUGAUUAUUUUGCAGAGAUGGCCAAGUCAGAUCAGCAGAUGCAGAAGAUUCGACAGAAGCUGCAGACUAAGCAGGCUGCCAUGGAGAAGUCUGAAAAGGCUAAGCAACUGCGAGCACUUAGGAAAUAUGGAAAGAAGGUACAAACAGAGGUUCUUCAGAAGAGGCAGCGGGAGAAAACGCAUAUGAUGAAUGCCAUUAAGAAAUACCAGAAAGGCUUCUCUGAUAAACUGGAUUUCCUUGAGGGAGAUCAGAAACCUGUUGCACGGGCCGCAAAGGAAAAAGCUAAAGGCCAGCAGAUGAAGAAGGGGCCCAGUGCAAAACGACGCUAUAAAAACCAGAAGUUUGGUUUUGGUGGAAAGAAGAAAGGCUCCAAGUGGAACACCCGUGAGAGCUAUGAUGAUAUAUCCAGCUUCCGGGCCAAGACAGCCCAUGGCAAGGGUCCCAAGAGGCCUGGAAAGAAAGGAUCAAAUAAGAGACCUGGGAAACGAACAAGAGAGAAAAUGAAGAACAGAACACAUUAAAUAGCAUCUUUGUUUACAAAGAACCAAGAAAAAAGGGGAUGAAGACUUGUAACUUCGCAAUACCAUUGAAUCUGUUCUGUUAGUUUCUUUUUGUAAAAAAAUUCUUUAAAUAAACUAAAGAAAAAAUUAUCAAAG